AAAACGAAUUCCUCCCAAACCUCAUGGCCCACAUACUCGGAUUCCAUUGGGUAUCGACACGAGAAUAAAAAGGUCAUGGUUUUUCUGUAGACCAUCUUCAACCAAGGAUCUUGGUCUGUGGACGAUUGGGUUGCUAAAAACCCAGUUGGGGAAAUAGAGGUCAAAACUCAAAGCCAAGUUUUUUGGUUAUGUGAUCAGAUCUAUAGGCAACGAUGAAAUUGCCAUGGUUAACAAAAUUUUCAGCUGAGAUUUGAGGACUAGAUCUUGGAGGGUUUGGAUUUCAAAAAGAAAGCGGCCCAAAGGAGUGCCUCUAACUCAGCUCAAUCUAGCAUCCUCCGUUCACAAUAGCCAAUCGGUGUAAAAACUUCAUGAAUCCGACUCGAUCGUGCUCGUUCUCCCAUUAUUCCAUGUCCACGGAUUGAUUGCCGGAUUGUUGAGUUCACUUGCUGCAGGAGCCGCGAAACCGAAACCGAAAUAGCUUCAAAUAAAUAGCCCAUAAGAUUUUGGUUCUUUCCCUCUCCGAAUUUAUUUUGUCUAUCUCUCUAAUAAUUCAAAUGAAUACAAAAUCUAUGGGAGACGAGGAUAGGGAGGCCUUGCUAAGCGGGAACACAAAAUUCACAUGCUGCAUCUCACACGCACAGGACAAGUUGCAAAGCUUCAGAUCCUAUCUUCGACGGAUGUGCGUGGACCAAUCGAAUGUGUGGAUAGUGUGUCUGUCUUGGUCCAUGUUCAUCCUCUUCGCGAUCGUCGUGCAGCUGUCACUAAGCAGCGUCGCCACCCUCUUCUUCGUGUGCCUGUCCAGGUUCGGCAAGAAGUACGGGUUCCUGAUAGACUUGCGGAGCUUGCUUUAAUUGAUCCCAAAAGAACUAAAAGGAUCCUAGCUAAUAGGCAAUCUGCCGCACAUUCAAAGGAAAGGAAGAUACGCUAUACAGUUGAGCUGGAGAGGAAGGUGCAGACACUUCAGUCGGAAGCAACUACCUUUUCAGCGCAGGUCACUUUGCGACAGCUUUGGUUCUGGCCUCCUUGGACCUGCCAGAGAUUUGCAAAUUGGCGAGGUUGAAUCGAGUUUUUCGUGGGGCUUCGUGGGCCAAUUUUCUGUGGGAGUCGAAGUUGCCGUCGAAUUAUCAAGUCCUUGUUAGGAAAGUGUUCGGUGAGUUUCCGGUGGAUUUGGGUAACUGAGAGAUAUACGCGAGGCUUUGUCGGGCUAAUAGUUUCGAUUGUGAAACCAAUAAAUUUUGGUUGCAUAAAAGUACUAGUGGUGUUUGUUUGUCCAUUGCUUCAAAAGGGUUAUCGAUCACUGGGAUUUUGACGAUCGAAGAUAUUGGAGUCAUAUCCCAACGGAAGAAUCUGGCAUGAGAUUCUGUUGAUUUUGAAGCUAGUGGUUUUCUAUUUUAAGUUUUUCAAUAUAUUAUUUGCAAUCCUUAA